AUGUCCGAGACGCUGAAGGGAAGCUACCAGGAGAUCCAGUUUUGGUGGUGCCCUCCAGAGUCACAGAAGCAAUACUGGACUGUCAAAAGCAGCUACCGAGAUACAAUCAUCUUCUUCAAAGUGGGCAAGUUUUAUGAGCUGUAUGAGGAUGAUGCGGAGAUUGGUGCUCAAGUCCUGGGAUGGCGGAUGACCGUCACUGGGGUCGGACAUUGCAGACAGGUGGGAUGUCCAGAAAGCGGCGUUGAGGAAGCUGUCUCGCGCCUGGUCUCUGCAGGCUAUAAGGUGGCGCGGAUGGAGCAAAUGGAAACGGCCCAAGAGGCAAAGGCCGCCCGUGGCCCAAAAGCUACCAUCCGCAGGCAGCUCACUCGUGUCCACACUCCAGCCACAGCCACAGGCAAUGUGUCGGUGGAUGCUGUGCACCUGAUGGCGCUGCAUGAGGCCCCAAUACAGAACCAUGCUACUUCAAGUCAGGACAGCCGAGUGACCUUCAGCUUUGCCUUCCUCGAUGCAGCUGCUGGGCGCUUCUAUGUGGGGGUAGCAGAUGAUGACGCAGGCAGAUCAACACUUGGGGCUCUUCUCACCCAGGUUGCGCCGCGUGAAUUGUUGGUGCGGCGCAAUGCGCUGUCAUCCACCACACAGCGAGCACUGUCAACGCCUUCUGUGGCGAUGGAGGUCACAAAUGUGACUGGGGCAGAGUUCCCUGAUCCUGAUGCCAUUGCAUCCGCUUCGAGUCUUGAGAGCAUGUUCAAUGGCCUCAUCGUGCCACACAACAUACAAGCAAUGGGUGCUGGAGCUUUGACUGCACUGUCUGCCCUCUGCCUCUAUCUGAAGAGGGCCAAGGCCAAUGAUGAGCUGGCCACGCAUGCUCAGAAGGUUGUCUCUUAUGAGACAUACGCCGGUGCUCUCUGCCUCGAUGGCCCCACACUGACAAACCUUGAGCUGCUUGAGAAUACUGAGGGUGGCACAGAGGGCUCCCUUCUGGCGCAGCUGGACACUUGUGCAUCUCCUGGAGGACGGCGGCUGCUGCGGCAGUGGCUGUGCAGGCCUCUGCUGGAUGUGGGGGCCAUCGAGCAGAGGCUGGACGCCGCGGAUGAGAUUGUGAAGCGCCCUGACCUCGUGACGUCCCUGCUGGCCACCCUGCGCUCCAUGCCGGAUCUGGAGCGCGCUCUGGGCCGCGCUCGAAACGCAGCAGCGGCCCCACAGCCUGGCCUGCCCACCUGGGCCCUGCAGGCUGCCCAGAAGAGGCGGCUGGCGGCGUUGGACAUUGCAGUGACUGCAGUGGCAAAGGCUGUGUCGGUGUUGAGGGAGCUGCAGCGCGGCCAGGCCGACCCUGAUGGCCCCGCGCUGAGCGCUCUCCUGGUGGCAGCCGCUGCCAGCGCACCCGACGAGCGCAGCCCGGCUCUGAAGGCGCUCAUGGGGAUCGAUGAGGCUCUCGUGAGCAGCGAGGGCCCAGCAAAGGGCUCAAAAGGCAAGGCAAAGGCACAAGGGCGCUCAGUGAGUCUCCACCCAGAAGCUCUUGCGAGCCUGCGGGCAGGCAGCAAUUCUGCAGCAGAGGAGUCAGAGGAUGACAGCUUGGAUCUGGAGAUCAGCCUGACCUCGGAGCUUAUCGAGAGGUUCAAUGCUCACUCUACUGUCUGGGAGGGCCUGGAGGAGGCACUGUCAACAAUUGACGUGCUGACAGCCUUUGCUAGCUUCACUGAGACCUCGAAUGGCCAGACCUGCCGGCCCACUGUCCUUCCUCUCGCAUCCAAGGCAGGCAGGGGUGCACUGCUGGACCUGCGAGGCCUGUGGCACCCCUGUGCUGUUCCUGGUGGAGGAGCUGGCGGCUGCAUUGUGGUCAAUGACCUCGUCAUGGGUGGAAGGGCGCCAGAGACUGCUCGCACGCUGCUGCUCACUGGUCCAAACAUGGGAGGGAAGAGCACAAUCUUGCGGGCAGCUGCCACUGCAGUAAUUCUCGCGCAGAUGGGCUGCCCUGUGCCUGCAGCGUCAGCAACGCUCACAGUCGCCGACAGGAUCUUCACACGGUUGGGUGCCCAAGACCGGAUUGUGGCGGGGCAGUCUACCUUCCUUGUGGAGUGCACAGAAGCAGCAGCCAUCCUCCGGCAUGCAACACAGGACUCCCUUGUGCUGUGCGAUGAGCUUGGCAGAGGAACAUCAACCUUUGACGGGUAUGCAAUUGCGCAUGCCGUGCUCAAGCACCUGAGUUCCUCCAUCGACUGCCGCCUGCUCUUUGCCACCCACUACCAUCCCCUCACAAUGGAAUUCUUGGCCAGCCCUCGUGUCAAGCUGGGACACAUGGAGGCUUUGGUGACUGGGGGCGACUCAUCGUCAGAGGGUCACAUCACGUUCCUGUACAAGCUGCUCAGUGGAGCAUGCCCCAAGAGCUAUGGACUGCAGGUGGCACGCUUGGCUGGCAUUCCAUUCAAUGUGGUUACAGUAGCACAGCAGGCAGGCACUCAGCUGGAGGAGAAGCUCCAGGGUGCUUUCGGAAAGAAGCUCAAAGAGCUGCUUGUGGAACAAGAAUCAUAUUGUCUGCGGAACAUCGCCAAGGCGGGCAGCAAUUUCAGCUAUGAGCAGCUGUUGGAGGCCUGGACAGCUGCUCAAGGGAACAGCAGCAGAAAGUGA